CGCGGGGAGGCCCGGCGCAGGAAUGCACUUUUCUCCAGCCCGAGAGACUUUGCACGGGAGUGGAGAAUAGUUUGGGGUGGGGUUUCGCACCGUCUCCUCCCCCACACCCCCGGAUCCCCUUCCAGGCGCUGUUGGAGAGCUUUCAGACCUGCGCUGGGAAGUUUAAAGAGCAGAGGGGAGUUGGUGCUGUAGGCAGGGACAAUGGAAGAAAAUGAAAGCCAGAAAUGUGAGCCGUGCCUUCCUUACCCAGCAGACAGCAGACACACGCGGGAACAAGGAAAAAGCAAUCUGCAUGUAACGUCAUUAGAAGAUGCAGAAUGCCGAAGAACCAAGGAACGCCUUUCUAAUGGGAACAGUCGAGUUUCAGUUUCCAAGGCUUCCCGAAACAUCCCACGGAGACACACCCUAGGUGGGCCCCGAAGUUCCAAAGAAAUAUUGGGGAUGCAAACAUCUGAGAUGGAUAGGAAGAGAGAAGCUUUCCUGGAACAUCUCAAGCAGAAAUACCCCCAUCAUGCCACAGCAAUCAUGGGCCACCAGGAGAGGCUGAGAGACCAGACAAGAAGCCCCAAACUGUCUCACAGUCCUCAGCCUCCCAGCUUGGGCGACCCGGUGGAGCAUUUAUCUGAGACUUCUGGUGACUCUCUGGAAGCCAUGUCUGAGAGCGAAGCCCCAAGUCCUUUCUCCAGAGGCAGCCGAACUCGAGCGAGCCUUCCGGUGGUGAGAUCGACCAACCAGACGAAAGAAAGAUCUCUGGGGGUUCUCUACCUCCAGUAUGGAGAUGAAACCAAGCAGCUCAGGAUGCCCAACGAAAUCACAAGUGCAGACACGAUCCGGGCUCUCUUCGUAAGUGCCUUCCCACAGCAGCUCACCAUGAAAAUGCUGGAGUCGCCCAGUGUCGCCAUUUACAUCAAAGACGAAAGCAGAAAUGUCUAUUAUGAACUAAAUGAUGUAAGGAACAUUCAGGACAGAUCGCUCCUCAAAGUGUACAACAAGGAUCCUGCACAUGCAUUCAAUCACACGCCAAAAACUGUGAACGGAGACAUGAGGAUGCAGAGAGAACUUGUUUAUGCAAGAGGAGAUGGCCCUGCGGCCUCUCGACCUGGGUCCACGGCGCACCCAGCCCACGCCAUUCCAAAUUCUCCGCCCUCCACGCCCGUGCCCCACUCCAUGCCUCCCUCCCCGUCCAGAUUAGAGAGGAUGCAAGCCAUGGAGAGACAGAUUGCCAGUUUAACUGGCCUUGUUCAGUCUGCGCUUUUUAAAGGGCCCCUAACAAGUAAUAGCAAAGAUGCAUCUAGCGAGAAGAUGAUGAAAACACCAGCUACUAAGAACCACACAGAGAGUGCAGGAACUCCCCAUGUUUCUGGUGGGAAGACUCUCGGCGCCCUGGAGUCCCUGGGGCCACCCAGCCAGCCCCUGGCCGCCGGCACCUCGGCCGUCCACCUGAGCCUGCUCGACAUGAGGCGGAAUGUGGCCGAGCUCCGGCUCCAGCUGCAGCAGAUGCGACAGCUCCAGCUGCAGAACCAGGAGCUGCUGAGGGCGAUGAUGAAGAAGGCUGAGCUGGAAAUCAGCGGCAGAGUGAUUGAAAUGAUGAAGAGGCUGGAGGACCCUGUGCAGCGCCAGCGCGUCCUGGUGGAGCAAGAGAGACAGAAGUACCUGCAGGAAGAGGAGAAGAUCGUCAAGAAGUUAUGUGAGCUGGAGGACCUGGUUGAAGACCUGAAGAAGGACUCUGCAUCGGCCGGCCGAGUGGUCACCUUAAAAGACGUGGAAGAUGGGGCGUUCCUCCUGCGACAAGUGGGAGAAGCGGUAGCUUCCCUGAAAGGAGAAUUCCCGACCUUACAAAACAAGAUGCGAGCCAUCCUGCGCAUAGAGGUGGAGGCCGUGCGGUUCCUGAAGGAGGAGCCGCACCGGCUGGACAGUCUCCUGCAGAGAGUGCGGAGCAUGACCGACACCCUGACUCUGCUGCGGAGACAUGUCACCGAUGGGCUCUUAAAAGGGACAGAUGCAGCCGAGGCCGCACAGUAUGUGGCCAUGGAGAAGGCCACCGCCGCAGAAGUCCUGGCGUCCCAGCCCCUCCAUGGCACAGCAGUCCCUCGAGACGUGAAGUCGGAAGUGGUGCCCUUGACAGUUCACCAUGCACAGAGCUCUCCUGUGGUCACUCAGCCCUCCCAUCUCUCCUCCGCCCCACCCAACCCUGCCCAGCACCUGACCAGCCCUCCGGCUGUCACACAGGAAGUGACCUCAGCUCCCCAGUCAUCACAGGCAACUCAGUCUCCACAGGCACCCAUGAAUGGCUCCUCCAUGCAGAGUUUGUUCAUUGAGGAAAUCCACAGUGUGAGUGCCAGGAACAGGGCGGUGUCUAUUGAGAAAGCAGAAAGGAAAUGGGAAGAGAAAAGACAAAAUCUGGACCACUAUAAUGGGAAAGAGUUUGAGAAGCUCCUGGAAGAAGCUCAGGCCAAUAUCAUGAAGUCAAUUCCAAACCUAGAGAUGCCCCCAGCCUCGGGCCCAAAGCCCAAGGGUGAUGCUCCGGGGGACAGGCUGGAACUCUCAGAAGACUCUCCAAGCUCCGAGCAGGACUUGGACAGGUUGGGGGGCAAGUCCCCACCCCCUCCUCCCCCGCCCCCGAGACGGAGCUACCUGCCAGGAUCCGGGCUCACCACCACCAGGACUGGCGACGUGGUCUACACCAGCAGGAAGGAGAACACCACCACUAAGGCAAGCAGUGAAGAUGCCGGACCAAGCCUGCAGGCUAGAGCCACAAAGUGCCCAGCAGAGGAGCCUGCUUCAGCGUGGACUCCAUCCCCACCUCCAGUCACUACCUGCUCCUCAAAGGACGAGGAGGAGGAAGAAGAAGGAGACAAAAUCAUGGCAGAACUCCAGGCAUUCCAGAAGUGUUCCUUUAUGGAUGUAAAUUCAAACAGUCAUGCUGAGCAGUCCCGGGCUGACAGUCACGCUAAAGACACUAGGCCGGGGGCCACAGUCUCACCCAAGGAGAAGAAGAAUUUGGAAUUUUUCCACGAAGACGUACGGAAAUCUGAUGUUGAAUAUGAAAAUGGCCCCCAAAUGGAAUCCCGAAAGGUCACCUCAGGGGCUCCUACACAUAGUGACCGUCCCAAGUGGGAAAGAGGAGUGGAGAAUAGUAUUUCUCAAGAACAUCAGAAUAUAAAACUGACAUCAAGAACAUCAGAUAUUCUUGAUGCCUCAAGAACAUCAGAAUAUAAAAUUGACAUCUUAAUGAAGGAAAAUUCCAUACCCAAUAAGAGUUUACUUAGAGACAGUAGAAAUUAUUCCCAGAAAAAUGUGUCUAAGGUCAAUUCCAGUUUCCCUGGCACCAAUUUGUUAGAAGAUGAAAUAAGCAAAGGGCCUAAAAUCUCAGGACUGCAGGGCCCUCCAUCUGACCCUGAGAACCAGAAGAUGAAUUAUGAAAAGACAAAAGAGAUGAGUCAACGAGAUCAAGAAAAUGCAGAUAGAUGUCACCUACUCUCUCCCACUAGGUCAACUGAAUUGAGUAUUUGUGAUGUCAAAACUCAAGAUCAAGAGGUUCCUGUGACAGAGUUUGGCCAAGUUGUGCUAAGACCCAAGGGGACUUGGCAUGCUAAUAAUGGGAAGCCUAAUGAGGACAGAGAAUCAACCCCAAGUUCUCCCACUGAGGAAAGUGCACCCACAGACAACAUCGCCUUCAUGAUUACCAGAACUGCGGUCCAGGUUCUCUCCAGCGGGGAGGUCCGCGAGAUAGUGAGCAAGAAGGGAGAAGAUGUACAGACGGUGAAUAUUGAUGCCAAAAAAGAGAUGACUUCCCAACAAGAAGGGACUGAAAAUGAAGAGCCAGUCGUGUGCCUAGACAAGAAGCCAGUCAUCAUCAUUUUUGACGAGCCCAUGGACAUCCGAUCUGCAUAUAAGAGACUUUCAACCAUAUUUGAGGAGUGCGAUGAGGAAUUAGAGAGAAUGAUGACAGAGGAAAAGAUAGAAGAGGAGGAAGAGGAGGAAAAUGGAGACACUGUGGUCCAGAAUAACACUUCCCAAAAGUUCCAGAAGGUUGUGUCAGGCCCCGGCUCAGGACUGCAGGCUGAGAGCCGAUUGCAGCCACACUCCCUCUCAGGAGACACCGGAGUGUCAGGAGGACAGGGAAUGAAUAAGGCUGAGCUGACCACGAGCGGCCGAGCCGAUUCUCCAAGUUCAGAAAGCAAGUGUGAUGCGGCAUAUGACCAGUUGGAAAGCCCCAAGAAAAAGUUCAAGUUCAAAUUCCCUAAAAAGCAACUCGCCGCUCUCACUCAGGCAAUUCGCACAGGAACCAAGACGGGGAAGAAGACCUUGCAGGUGGUGGUCUACGAAGAGGAGGAAGAGGACGGCACUUUGAAGCAGCACAAAGAAGCCAAGCGAUUCGAAAUCACUCAGUCUUCUCCACCCGAAGACACCCCCCAAAACAGGCUCAGGAGACAGGGGCAGCCCUGUCUGGAGAACACAUCUUCCUUUUCCAGAACUGAUGAGAUUAGAAAUAACACCUACAGAACACUGGACAGCCUGGAGCAGACCAUCAAACAGCUGGAAAACACGAUCAGCGAAAUGAGUCCAAAAGCCCUCGUUGAUACCUCAUGUUCUCCCAACAGAGAUUCUGUUGCCAGCUCAUCCCACAUAGCCCGGGAGGCCUCUCCCCGAGCCUUGCUAGUUCUGGAAGAAGCUCCCACUGCCCUAGAGCCCCCCUCAUCAAUACCUUCAGCUUCACGUAAGGCCCCGGCGGGGACCCCGCAGACCAGCAGGAUGCCAGUCCCCAUGAGCUCCAAGAAUAGACCCGGAAGCCUGGACAAGCCCGGCAAGCAGACCAAACUGCAGGAUCCCCGCCAAUAUCGUCAGGCUAAUGGAAGUGCUAAGAAAGCUGGUGGGGACUGUAAGCCUGCUUUCCCCUCCUUACCUGCUUCUAAGAUCCCAGCCCUUUCUCCCAGCUCUGGGAAAAGCGGCUCUCUGCCCUCUUCUAGCGGUGACAGCUCUAACUUCCCUAACCCGGCUGCUUCUAAACCACCGGUUACUUCUAACCCUCUCAGCCCCCAAACAGGACGAUCCGCCCCCUCGGCCUCCCUCAUCCCCUCUGUCUCUAACGGCUCCUUAAAGUUUCAGAGCCCCACUCACACAGGUAAAGGUCACCAUCUUUCAUUCUCACUGCAGACUCCCGCCUCCCCCACUUCACUGAACCAAGGUGCCAGGAGCAUCAGGACCAUCCAUACUCCCAGCCUCACCAGCUACAAGGCACAGAAUGGAAGUUCCAGCAAAGCCACCCCAUCCACAGCAAAGGAAACCUCUUAAAGGCCACACCCUAUCAGGCACAAGUUGGAGUUACAUUUAAAAAUUUAGAAAAAAAAAAUUGUAACAGUCUUUUAACAACUGUUUUCGCAAGAGAAUGUAACAUAUUGCUGUACUGUUUGAGGCUUCAUGCUAAGUAUGUGCUAAAUACUGGAUUAAUAGAUUUCAGUAAAGCUUGUUUGGUUUGGUUUUUAUUUUUUAGUUGUUGCUAUUGUAAUUACAUAGUGUUAACUGUCUGUAUUCAACACCUGUUCAAUGAAGUAAGCAUGUGUUACAGAAAGAGUAUGGUGAGAGAGAAGGGUAUGUGUGUGAGGCAGGAAAAAAAUGUAUUGAGCAUGUAAAACAUGUAUGAUUCCAGAAUUUUAGUAUGUUUUGUAUAAAAAUAUUUUUCAUUACGGAGACUAGAAGUGAACAGAGAAAUACGCAAGUGCGACUAUACAAAUUGUAAAAGAGAUACUAUAAUAUUUCCUUUUAUUUUAGUGUUAUUUAGCUUUAUUACAGAUUUCUAUUUUUGUCAAAACUUCAUGGUUCCUUUCAAGAUCUUUUUUGCCAAAACAUUUUGAUACUAUAGCAUUGUACAUUUGAAAGUAGUGUCUAGACAACAGGCCAACCCAGGGUCAUAUGUAGAAAGCAAUUUAUCAAAACCAAUUGCACUGCCAUGAAAAUUAUGUAUAAUAAUUUGCCAGCCCAAGCAAGCUAGUUUUCUUUGCAUUUCUUUCUUCUUCUUCUUCUUCUUUUUUCUUUUUAACAUAUUGAUGGGAUUCUCUAGUUGUUUUCUUUGCAGUAUCUAACCCCUUCCUUUGUUUUCUGAGACCUGGCAACCCACACUAUUACAGUACAUUGUGGAUUUUAAAGUGUACACUUCUGUACUGUUCUGUAAACUGAAAAGCUUUUGUAAAUAUAUAAAUAGACAUAAAAACACUAUAUGUGACAGCACAUAGAGUAGUUUUCCCACACCAAAGUUAAUUUUUAUGCAUGCUUUACAAAUAUAUAUUGGGAUGGGCAGAAAUGGGACUCUCCAUACAUUUUUAAAAAGUAACAAGUUUGCACAGCUAGAGUGUUUUUGUAAAUAACUGUAUUUGUAUAACACAGUCAUGUAAUAUACAGAACUAUAAGAAGAGACUUUGCAAAACUAAUAAAGGGCUGCAUGCUUAUUAUUUUUUGUACCUUGUUACUAUAGCUGCGUCCUAGGCAAAGAAUGAAAUGGAACUGUUACCAAGGGAAAUGGUUUGGGCUUUGAGGGUUUAUCAGUGACAUGUAAGCAGCCUCAAACUUGUGUUCUGAAAGCUCUAUUUCUCCGAAAACUCUGAGGUGACUCAUGACGAGGUCUCAUGAAUUCACUGCGAGUGUGGUGCCUUCCGACGUGACCUGCUGACUCUCUUCUCGGAGGCUCACCAAGGUUCGGCUAACAGAAAGCAAACCUGGGCACAGUCUCCACCUUCAUUUCCAGAGAGGUUCUUCUGACCGGCUUUUUCCUGUUUGAAUUCCAGGAGAAGUAAGCUGAAAUAAACGGUCCUUAUCACUA